AUGAUUCCGUUUCCACUGUUACCGACCAACUACAGGGCUUGCACCAUUCCUUACAGAUUCCCUUCCGAUGAUCCAAAGAAAGCAACUCCCACUGAAAUCUCAUGGAUCAAUGUCUUCGCCAAUUCCAUCCCUUCUUUCAAGAAACGUGCAGAGAGCGAUGCUACGGUUCUAGAUGCUCCUGCUAAAGCUAAAAUUUUUGCAGAAAGAUAUGCCGGAAUUCUUGAAGACUGGAAGAACGAUCCAGAGAGCCAUGGGGGGCCACCAGAUGGCGUUCUUCUUGGCCGAGUUCGUGAGCAAAUACUCAGAGAGUUAGGAUUUAGAGACAUAUUCAAGAAAGUGAAGGAUGAGGAGAAUGCAAAGGCAAUAUCACUAUUUCCUGAAGUUGUCAGUCUGAGUGAUGCUAUUGAAGAUGAAGGAAAACGCUUAGAAAACUUGGUGAGAGGGAUUUUUGCUGGAAACGUCUUUGAUCUGGGUUCUGCACAGCUUGCUGAGGUUUUCUCAAGGGAUGGUAUAUCUUUCUUGGCUAGCUGUCAAAACUUGGUUCCACGACCAUGGGUCAUUGAUGACUUGGACAACUUCCAAGCCAAUUGGAUCAACAAGCGUUGGAAGAAGGCAGUAAUUUUUGUUGACAAUUCUGGUGCAGACAUAAUUUUGGGUAUUUUGCCAUUGGCAAGAGAGAUGCUUCGUCGAGGAAUGCAGGUGGUGUUGGCUGCUAACGAGCUGCCAGCUAUUAACGAUGUAACAUAUACCGAGCUGACAGAGAUCUUAUCACAGUUGAAGGAUGAAAAUGGCCAAUUGAUGGGCGUUGAUACUUCAAAGCUUGUGGUUGCAAAUUCAGGGAACGACUUAGCGGUUAUCGAUCUCUCAAGAGUAUCACAAGAGCUUGCUGACCUUUCAUCUGAUGCAGACUUAGUCAUCAUAGAAGGCAUGGGUCGUGGAAUAGAGACAAACCUUUAUGCUCAGUUCAAAUGUGAUUCUCUUAAGAUGGGAAUGGUGAAGCAUCUUGAAGUAGCAGAGUUUCUCGGAGGACGGCUUUAUGACUGUGUCUUCAAAUACAAUGAAGUUCAGAGUUGA